AUGGCCGAGGCCGCUGUCGUGGGCGCUUUCGGGGGGUCCCUGGGGGGGCUCCCCCCUGAGCCGGGGCCGCUGAAACAUCUGGGGAGGGGAAUCCUGAACUCGGCCCCGAGGAGACUGCGGAGACUGGGGGCCCUGGUCCGCAUGUUCGCCGGGCGCCGCCCGGGGCUCCGCAGCCUCCAGGGGGCGCUGCCCGCGCUGCCCCUCCCCCCCCUGCGGGACACCGUCAGCAAGGCCGUGGAGUCCCUGCAGACCCUGGACCCGGGGGGGAUGGGCUCGGAGCUGCCCCCCCUGGCCCGGAGCUUCCUGGGGGGUCCCGGCCCCCAAAUCCAGAGAUGGCUCAGCCUGAGGGGGUGGGCCCUGCCCAGCUACCUGAGCGAGCUGUGGGAGCAGCAGCUGCACCUGGGGGCGAGGGGACCCCUGCCCAGCACGGGCAGUUAUUACCUGAUGGACGUUUUGGGCCCCCCUCCGUCGCGGCUCCCGGCCGCUCGCGCCGCCAACGUCGCCUUCGCCUUCCUGAGCUUCCGGAGCCUCCUGAGAAAGGGAACCCUGCCCCCGGUUCUGCUGCAGGGCUCCCUCCCCACGUGCUCGGCUCAGUACGAGCGGCUCUUCGGCACCGCGCGCAUCCCGGGGGAGAGCCGGGUCCCUGAUUCAUUUUUUGGGGUCCCCAGACCCCCCUGGGCCCGGGCCAGGGCUCUGCUGCUGCAGGGGGGGGGUCCCAGCUCGGCCGCCCUGCGGCUCCUCGAGGCCGCCCCGUUCGUCGUCGCCUUCGACCCCUCCCCCACCCGUGGAGACCCCUCCCCCACCCGUGGAGACCCCUCCCCCAGCCAUGGAGACCCCUCCCCCACCCAUGGAGACCCCUCCCCCCAAAAUGGGGCCCCUCCCCCCGAGGAGCGAGACCCCCCCCGGGACGGGGACCUGGACGCCGAGGCCAAGGCUCUGCUGCUGGGACCCCCCCACAACAGGUGGUUUGACAAGUCCCUGACCCUGGUCGUGUUCCCGUCCGGGCGCGUCGGGCUCAGCGUGGAGCUCUCGUGGGGAGACCCCCCCGUGGCCGGGCACCUCUGGGAGUUUGCGCUGGCCAUGGAUCGCUCCCUGGGCUACGACCAACGCGGGAAUUGCCGCGGGGGGAGCCGGGGCCGGAGCGCGGAACCCCCCCAGGAGCUGCAGUGGAACCUUCCCCCGCAGGUUUCGGAGGCGCUGCCCCAGGCCCGGCUGCAGUUCCAGGCGCUGCUCCGGGGGCUGCAGCUCCACGUGGUGUCCCUGGAGCCGCCCCCGGGACCCCCGGAAUUCACCCAGGAACUGCUGGGGCUGGCGCUGGAGCUGGCGCUGGUCAGGGAGCGCGGCCCGGCCCUGACGUACGAGCCGAUCCCCACGCGCCUUUUCCUCGAGGGCCGCGCCGACGGCGCCCGCGGCGUGGGGCGCCCCCUGCUGGAGCUGGAGCGCGCCCUGAGGGACCCCGAAACCCCUCGGGGGCGCCGCCGGGCGCUGCUCGAGGCCGCGCUGGCGCAGGCGCGGGCGCGGCGCCGGGCGGCCAUGAUGGGGGCGGGGCUGGAGCGGCACCUGCAGGCGAUGGCAGCCGUGGCCAAUCAGAUGAGGCUCCGCCCACCCUUCCUCGCAGAGGUGCUGAGGCAGCCCUGGGCUCUGGCCUUUAGCCCCGCCCCUCGGCCACACCCCCCACUGCUGCCACACCCCCUGCAGCCCGCGGGGGGCGGCUUCAACCCGCCCCACCAGGACGGUUACGGGGUCUCCUUCACGGGGGGAGGCGGCGCCGGCCCCGUCCUGGUGCACAUCAGCUGCAGGGAGGGGUCCCCGAAAACGGACCCCCGCCUGUUCUCGCAGCGGCUCCGGGCGGCACUGGGAGAACUGGGAGAACUGGGAGAACUGGGACAGCUGCUGGGGGGGGAGGGGUGAGGGGGGGACCCCUCCCCCCAAUAAAGAGCUGAGAGACCCCCA